UUCCUCCUGUUUUAAUCAAAAUACAUACUUACUGUUGAAUUAGCAUUUCUUUGAUUAUCAUCAUCAGAAGAAGAGAAAAUGGGAGACAGCACUAUGACAUGCAUAGACAUUCUUCUGGCCAUCAUCUUGCCUCCCCUUGGUGUUUUCCUCAAGUUUAACUGCCAGGUGGAGUUCUGGAUCUGUGUUUUGCUGACUCUCUUUGGGUGGCUACCUGGUAUCAUCUAUGCUAUUUGGGUCCUCACCAAGUGAUCAUCAUAUGUUUGACAGGUGGAUAUUUGAAGACCAUAUUACUACUAAGUAUCUUCAUUUGCGCUAAUGGAGUAUCUAGCUACCUUUUCUAUUUAUUCUUGGCUUUUGGUUAUUUUUCUCUUGUGGACAGAUUGUGUGAUGAAACAUAUAUCGUGCUACUAUUGUUAGUCAUUUGGGAUUGUAAUGUAACUUCCACUCUGUAUUUUAUUGGAUUAUGUUGAUUGUGUUA